CUCUGAAGCUGAAAGACAGAGCAACAUUUGAUCGAAAAAUCAUGGCACUGAUGGGCUGUUCUCGACCUCCAGCAGACUUCGAAUUUGAACAUAAAGACAAAAAACACGAAGAAUUCGAUAAUGUUUUCAAGGAAUGCCAGGAAUGUGAACGCGCUUUACCAAUGCUACACAAAAAACCUACUUUCGAUUUCAAAAGGGAUAAUUUUAGUGAACCAAUAAGUACACUGGUCCAUAAGGACAUGUGGAUCAACAAUGUCAUGGUGAGAACCAAGGACCAAGAUGUUAAGUUCGUGGAUUUCCAAUGCUAUACUUACGAUACGCCAGCCACAGAUUUAAUCUUCUUUUUGUGCGGUAGUGUGAGACUCGAAGUGCUAGAAAAACACUUCGACGAUUUGUUAAAGUACUAUCACGACAACUUUGUAGAUACUUUGAACAAGUUGAAGUGUGAUACAAGUCCGUUUACGUAUGAGUAUCUUAUGGAUGAGAUAGCAAAGUGUAUGGAUAGGGAGUUUCACCACUGCGUCAUUUUCACUACAGUCAUCAUAUUUGGAGCGAAAAACAAAAGAGUGAAUUUUGAUGAGAAACGGGAAAUUUCAAUGGCUCAGAAGCAAAGGAUUUGGUGGAUGGUGAGAGAGUUUCUCAAGAAAGGUUGGCUGGACGCGUGGAUUCAGUGA